UCUACAUUGUUUGUCUCUAUUCAUUUUAUUACAAAAAUGUCUAAUUGAUGUCCAUGCCUAUUGCUCUUAACUUUGUGCCAUCUUCCCUCUGCUUAUUGACCACCAUCAGAUGCCACAGUCAUUUCUUGUGUGGAUUAUAUUAGGUUAAGUAUGUGUCUCAGCCCAAAGAGGAUGAAACCCUAGGCAUUGAAACUACUCUCUCUCACCCCCUUUCAUUGCAACAGUGGAACUCAACUUCUCAGUAAGAUCUGACAAUCUGAGUUACAAUCCUACUAUUUACAAUCUUCCACCCCCUUCCCAAUCCUUGGUAGGAUUUCAAUGUUGACAAUAUUGGUGGCUUGCUUUUUGUUGAUUUGUAUAAUAUAUUUUUGAUCAUGCUUUCAAUGGUUGAAGGCCAGCUAUCACAUCGUUUCUUUAAAUAAUUGAUAUCUGGAACUGUACGAGCAGAGGACAUGGCAAAUCUGCCAAAAGAAAACCAGCAAGUAACAAGUUCCACACCAUCCAUCCAGAAAAGUGAGGAGGAUCAAGCAGCCAGCACUGCUAUGGGCUUUAAAGAUUCAUUGGAAAAACAAUAUCUAAAAGUCAAAGAGCAUGCAGAAACAUACCCUUAUGUUUGGGCUUCUUAUAUUGUUGUAUAUGGUGGCUUUGCUCUCUGGACUACCUAUAGAUGGAGAAAGCUUCGCAAGACAGAGGACAGAGUAAAAACUCUCCAAGAAAGACUACGUAAGCACGUUGAAGCUGAAGAAUCUUCUAGUUCUACCAAAGUGGUUGAAAAGGGUUCUACAUCUUCUGAUACCAAAGCUAUUGGAAAGGGUUCUGCAUCUUCUGAUACCAAAGUAGUUGAAAAGGGUUCUACAUCUUCUGAUAAGUCUUCCAAGUAGCUUACAGUAAGAUAAUCCUUAUGAUGGUCAGGUUGUCUAGUUUACUUCCAUCAAUAUCACCUCUCUUCUCUUUAACAUUGUAGUUGCCUAGGGCAUGAAAUAAGUUUUUUUUUUUUUUUUUGCUUUGCUGAUCAACUGAUUCAUUAGAGGAAUUCCUCAUAUUGAGCUUUGUAGAAAAUUGUUAAAAAUGAUCUGAUAUUUUUCUUCCUAAAGUUGUGACAAUAUUAUUGCACUGAAUACUGUUUACACAUAAUUGUAUAAAUUAACCUAAUAAGACAUUUUUUAUAUUA